AUGGCGCAGAAAGGAGAUCAGCUGGACCAGGAAACCUUUUCUUGUUCGAUCUGUUUGGAGAUUUUAAAGGAUCCGGUGACUAUUCCCUGUGGACACAGUUACUGUAUGAACUGUAUUAAAUCCUACUGGGAUGAAGGAGAGAAGAAACUCCCCAGCUGUCCUCAGUGUAGACGAACUUUCACUCAGAAACCUGAGCUGGUGAAAAACACCAUGUUAGCAGCUUUAGUGGAGCAGCUGAAGAAGACAGGACUCCAAGCUGCUCCUGCUGAUCACUGCUAUGCUGGACCUGAAGAUGUGGCCUGUGAUUUCUGCUCUGGAAGAAAAUUGAAAGCCGUCAAGUCCUGUUUGGUAUGUCUGGCCUCUUACUGCCAGAAACACCUUCAACCUCAUCAUGAUGUGGCUGUAUUAAAGAAACACAAGCUGGUGGAUCCCUCCAAGAACCUGCAGGACAACAUCUGCCCCCGUCACGGUGAGGUGAUGAAGAUGUUCUGUCGUACUGAUCAGAAGUGUAUCUGUUAUCUCUGCCCUGUGGAUGAACAUAAAGGCCACGACACAGUCUCAGCUGCAGCAGAAAGGACGGAGAGGCAGAGAGAGAUGGAGGUGAGUCGACAACAAAUCCAGCAGGAGAUCCAGGACAGAGAUAAAGAUGUGAAGCUGCUUCAGCAGGAGAAAAGAAGCUCUGAGGUGAAGCAGCAGAUCAGAUCCCAGCAGGAAACUGAAGUGAGGAGAGUCAGAGAGCUGGAGGAGAAGCUGCAGCAGGAGAUCAGUGACCUGAAGAGGAGAGACGCUGAGAUGAAGCAGCUCUCAGACACCGAGGACCACAACCAGUUUCUCCACAGCUACCCCUCACUGUCACCACUCAGUGAGUCCACACACUCCUCCAGCAUCAGCAUCCGUCCUCUCAGGUACUUUCAGGAUGUGACAGCAGCUGUGUCAGAGGUCAGAGGUCGACUACAGGACAUCCUGAGAGACACGUGGAAAAACGUCUCACUGACCAUCACUGAUGUGGAUGUUUUACUGCCACAACCAGAACCAAAGAGCAGAGCUGGAUUCUUGAAAUAUUCAUGUGAAAUCACUCUGGAUCCAAACACAGUACACACACUACUGUUACUGUCAGAGGAGAACAGAAAGGUGACUUUUAUGAACCAACAUCAGUCUUAUUCUAGUCAUCCAGACAGAUUCAGUGAAUAUUCUAACGUACUGAGUAGAGAGAGUCUGACUGGACGUCAUUACUGGGAGGUGGAGAAGAAAGCAGGUGUAGUUGGUGCAGCAGUUUCAUACAAGAAUAUCAACAGAUCAGGGAAGGAAAGUAGAUUUGGAUAUAAUGACAAAUCUUGGUCACUAUAUUGUGACUCAGACAGAUAUGGAUUUUGGUACAAUAACAUCGGAACCUCCAUCUCAAGUCCUCAGAGCUCCAGAAUAGGAGUUUACCUGGAUCACAGAGCAGGUGUUCUGUCCUUCUACAGCGUCUCUGGAACCAUGACCCUCCUCCACAGAGUCCAGACCUCCUUCACUCAGCCGCUACACGCUGGAGUCUCGGUUGGUAUCACUGAUGGAAACUCAGCUGAGUUCUGUAAACUCAAAUAG